AUGUUUUGGCUUGCUGUUUUUCUUUUGUACAACGUUGAAGCUUUUAAUCAUGCGAGCAAGCUAUUGGAGGGUUAUGAGAAACGAGUGACGCCAUGGGAAAUAAACAAUGAAACUCUCUUUGUGAACUUCUCUACUCCAUUAAUGCGAAUUGUGGAAGUGAAAAAUCAGGGAGAAGUGAUCACCAUGUUGAUCGACAUUGAACUAGAAUGGUUUGACAAAAGGCUGACCUUUGACCCGGCCAAAUACGGCAAUCGAUCGUUUCUCUAUUUGCCAAUUUGUGACGUGACAACGCCACCGUAUAGUGUCCUCGGGAACGUUGCACGUAGCUAUUUUGAGACGAAAAACGACUUCAUCCGCAUAAGCCCAAACGGGAAAAUCUUUCUCCGAGACUCCUAUCAGGCGGACGUUCUCUGUCAAACGAACAACACCGAAAACUUUCCAUAUGAUAUUCAAUUUUGCGGCGUUUACCUAAUCAACUACAUGGUGAACCUCACCGAAAUGCAAUACAUCGGAAAAAUGAGCGAGGCUGCGGUUUUAAGAGGAAACUACGAGUUGUGGAUGACCAACUACACGAUAAUGAGUGCAAGUAACCGGAAUUUGACCUACACUCCUGAGAUCCGCUUUUAUAUGACAUUCGAGCGAAGAACGGUUUAUUAUACUCUGGUUAUUAUCUUUCCGUCAUUUCUCGUCACAACUUUGACAAUCACCGGGAUCUUGUUUCCGCAAAAACACGAAAAUGCCUCGGAUCCGAUCAACAUCGGUCUGUGUGCCUUGUUGGCGUUGUCGGUUAUGUUAACCGUUGUUGCCGACAAUCUCCCGAAAACAGAAGGCUUUGCAGGCCUUUCAUCCUACAUUGUCCUUUGUUUGACCACUUGCAUUAUGUCGGUGGUAUGCGGAUUCAUUCUUGAUUGGAUUUAUGUCGCUUGUGGACAAAAGAAGAAACCAGAGGGAGAGGAUGAAAAAGAACGAGAAGUUCGGAAAAAGAGCUGCUGUACCACGAAGAGAACAGUCAAUAUUAUUUCACUGUUCUUAUUCCUCGCUUUUCAAGCUUUGUUAAUCGUCGUGACGUUGGCUUUUCGAUCGCUUGCCGAGGAGCAAAAAUCUUACUCGAUCGUUGCGGAUCUGCCUGAAUUGGGCGCUUACGAUAUUUUGCAUGCAACCAAAGAUGACUUGGAAUCUUUGGGUUUUAUC